CCUCUUGCAAUAAAAUCCCAAACCCCUCUCUAUUUUUCUUGCUUGCGAAGCUCCGUCUAUGGCGAUCUUGUUGUAAUGUCAAUGUAAUUGCAACCCUUGUUAAAGCGUCGGGGUUUAUCGGAUUCCUUGGUGGAAUUACUCCUAUUUGCUCUAAAAACUGAAUCUUAUUCCCCCAAUUGAAUGACAAUGAGGGUUUCUUUCAAGGUUUCGAAGAUAGGUGCUCGCCCCAAACCUAAACCUGAAACUCCUAAAGUUCUAGAAGAAGACGAUGUCGACGCCCCUCCUGAAAUUCCCAAGAAUCUAUCUGUUAUCUCCACUACAAAACCAUCGGUGUCUUCUUCCAUAAUAUAUGCUGAUAUGUGUAUAGGUUGAUGUCAUUGAGGAUGGCGAGGACGAUGCUGGAAUUUCAGAUGCAGACAUUUCUUUCUUUAUGAACCUGUUUCCCGAUGGCUAUUCAAUUGGGAACCCUUCUGAGAAUCGGAUUGGGCAUCAAGCCGCUGUACAAGAUGAUCCAAAGUUUUUGCACCCAUACGAUCGGACAUCAGAAAGCCUAUUCUUGGCUAUUGAGCGUGGUCUGUUGCCUGCGGAUUUCUUGGAUGAUAUACCAUGCAAAUAUAUUAAUGGAGCAGUUGUAUGCGAGGUGCGAGAUUACAGGAAUUGUGCUUCUGAACCAGGAGUUAAUGGUUCUUCUGCAGAUGCUUCUCCUAGUACUAAGAAAAUACGGCUUAAGAUGUCAUUGGAGAAUGUGGUGAAGGAUAUCCCUUUCAUUUCUGAUAGUUCUUGGACUUAUGGUGAUUUAAUGGAAGCAGAAGCCCGAAUAUUAAGAGCCCUACAACCAAAGCUGAAUCUAGAUCCGACUCCCAACUUAGACAGACUCUGUAGAAGUCCAACUUCCUCAAAGCUAAACUUGAAUAUACCGGAUCUUCGACGGAAGAGGUUGCGGCAGAUGUUGGGAGCUGCUGCUGGAUCUGACAAUCAGGUCCAUGGGAAGAAGGUUUGCAUGGAUAGAAUCCCAGAAAAUUCAAAUUGCCGGCUGGGAGAUUCAGGACAGAUGGUGCAGCAACCUGAUAUUGUGAAUCUGACUACCCAGAACGUUGGUCCUAGCAAUAUGCUUGCCUCAGGAACUAGAACCUAUUCAGCUGAUAUCUCUGUUCCAGCAUCGCCUUCACUAUCUUAUCCAUCAAAAUAUCAAAUUGGUCCUGGAAACCCAAGACUUAUGCAGGAGCAUGGAUCAGGACCUGUAUUUAAUGCACCAGGAGCUUCUCCUGGGCAGGACAUGAUGAAUUCCUAUGCUGACAGUAUGAAUUCAAAUAUAUCUUCUGCUCAUGGUAAGAGGGAAAACCAAGAUGCCCAGCUGUCGCCUAUGGCCAGUUUGAGUAAGAGAGCUAGGUCCAAUUCCAUUGGCCUUGAUGGUAGUCAACAGCAACAGAUAGCCGCAUCACACAUGGAUGGAUUCAAUGCAUCAGAUUCCCAGUGGAAAAAUUCUCUCAUGCAGCAACAAUCAGUUGGGAGAGGGAUUCAGUUACCUAAUGCUGUCAUUCAAAAGUAUCCUCAGCAACUGUUUGAAGGGAGUUUCAGUCAGGAGGCCGGGGGAUUGCCAUUUACAAUGGGGCAGCCAGGGGUUAGAUACAAUCUAAAACAUGAACCAGUUGAGACUGAAAGACCGGAUAAGUUUGAGCUCAAUCGAAAUAAAUAUGAGAUGCAUAUGGUGGAUUCUGAUGUUAAUCAUGUUGACCCUCAGCAGUCCCGACUGCAGCAGAGGCUGCCGCAGCAGUUCCCAAGAUCCAAUUUCCCACCAACUCCAUGGAACAAUCUGGGGCAAUCACUUGAUAACUCUAGAAAGGAGGAACAAUUACAGAGAAGAAAAUCAGCACAAAGUCCCCGUGUAUCUGCUGGGGCUUUGCCUCAAUCUCCCUUGUCAUCAAAAUCAGGGGAAUUUUCCAGUGGGUCUUUGGGAGGGCAGUAUGGAGUAGCUGCAACAACAGCCACAUUGGGAUCAUCCCAAAGGGAGAAGUCAGCCGUCACUUCAGUUCCUGCAGUUGGUACAGGAUCUCUGACUUCUAGUGCUAACGAUUCCAUGCAGCGACAACACCAAGCUCAAAUGGCAGCCAGGAGAUCGAACUCCCUCCCAAAGACCCCUGCUAUGAGUGGAGUAGGAUCUCCUGCUAGCGUUGGUAACAUGAGUGGACCCUUUAAUGCUAGCAGUCCUCUUGUUGGAAAGGAGGCUGAUAAAAGUAUGCGUGAUAAGUUCUCCAAGAUUGAGAUGUUGACUGUCAGGUAUCAACUGAACUGCAAAAAGAACAAGGUUGAUGAGUACAGAAAGACUACGGCAUUUCCCACUCAACAGCUCAAUCAUUAUCUCUUCAAUGAUCAUAAUAAUGACAAUCCCAAAGAUGAAGCCUGUAAAAUGCCUCUGUCAAAGUCGCUCGUGGGAGGGAGCAUGAAUGCUUGUAAGACCAGAGUUUUGCAUUUCGUGCAGACUGAACGUGUACCCCAAGGAAAUGGGUUCUCACUUGUACCAAAAUCACGAACUAGAAUGAUAUUGUCAGAAAGGCGAGAUGAUGGCACUGUAGCAAUGCAUUACGGAGAACUGGAUGAAUGUGACUAUUUGGCAGCAGAAGAAUGCCUUCCUACUCUUCCAAAUACUCAUGUUGCAGACUUGCUUGCGGCCCAGUUCUGCUCACUGAUAUCACGUGAAGGUUACCAUGUUGAAGGCGAUCGUCUCCAACCAAAACCAACUAACACAGUUUGCUCAUCUGGUGAUCAACAUAAUAAUGCAUUUGGUGUUUCCCUCAAUGCUGAGAUGCAGCAAAUCCCAGAAGCAAUUUCAGGCCAGCCAUCUAAUGAAGUUGUCAAACCAUCUGAUAGCGGAACAAAUAAUGCAUCAGUUAACUCAUCCCAGAACAUGCCAGGUGUAAGGAUGCACCCUCCUUCAAACUCGCAGAUCUCUCAAGGUGGGUUGCUGCCUGGCGUGUCGAUGCCACCAUCAAGGCCUCUGCAGUCAGAGUCACAAUCAUCUUUCCAGCAGCAACAAAAUCAACAUUCCUUGAUGCAACAACAGCUGCAAAGAUCAUCAGCUAUGAUGCUGGCAUCAAACCCACUUUCACAUUUAAAUGCAAUGGGGCAGAAUUCAAACAUGCAACAAUUGGGUCAUAUGCUGAAUAAAGCGUCACCACUCCAGCUUCAGAUAUUACAGCAACAGCAACAGCAACAGCCUCAAAUGCAGAGGAAAAUGAUGAUGGGACUUGGGAAUGUUGGAAUGGGAGGAAGUACUGGAAAUAAUAUGGCUGGGAUUCAAGGCAUGGGAAAUGUGAUGGGCAUGGGGGGUGCUCGUACAGGAACUGGUAUUUCCCCACCUAUGACAGGGCCUAUCAAUAGUAUGGGCCGCAACCCCAUUAAUAUCAACCAGGCUUCAAGUAUCAGCAAUCUAAUAAGCCAGCAGCUUCGUUCUGGGCUGAUAACGCCAGCACAGGCUGCUAUCAUGACUACAAAGCUGAGGAUGGCAGAGAGCAGAAUGGGUGGGGCUGGGGGGCAAUCCAGUAAUGUCGGUGCACUGCCAGGUGCUAAUAGGCAGGUGCAUCCAGGCUCAAGUAGCUAUUCAAUGUUGGGUCCCAAUAUUAACCGAGCCAACAACAUGAACCCAAUGCAGCGAACUGCUAUGGCCCCACCAAAGUUGAUGUCGGGCAUGAAUGCCUACAUGAAUCAGCAGCAGCAGCAGCAGUUGCAUGUUCAACAGCAGUUGCCGCAACAGCUUCAGCAAUUGCCUCAACAGCAGCAGCAGCAGCUGCAGCAGCAAGAAUCAACAUCUCCGCUACAGGCUGUUCUUUCUCCACCUCAGCAGCAGGUGGGUUCACCAUCAAUAGGACUGCCACAGCAACAGGCUAGUCCCCAGCAGCAAAUGAGCCAGCGAACUCCAAUGAGUCCACAGUUAAGUUCUGGUGCCAUCCACCCUCCAAUGAGUGCGGAGGGUAAUUGUCCUGCAAGCCCACAGCUAAGCUCACAGACCAUGGGGUCCGUUAGUAGCAUGACCAAUUCACCAAUGGAGCUGCAGGGGGUGAACAAGAGUAGCUAAUACAACUUGCUCCCAUUCUUUUUCUAGUGGCUAUGAUGUUGAAAAGGAAGAGAUAAAUGUGUUGGUUUCUUUUUCUUGUGGUUUUAAGUGUUUAAAGUAGGAAGACGGUAAGUUAAUAUGAUGGAUGUACGUAUGUGCGCGCACACACACACAUAUAUUAUGGUCGAAAAUUAUUGUUACUACCCAUAAAAUGCAUCUGUUUUUGUACCAACUAUAUAAAAGCCAAACAAUGUGCAA